AUGGCGGCGUCGGCACCAGCGACUUGGGGCGCCAGGCAGACCCUCUCAGCGCAUGUAAAGCCCAUCUCCAGCCUCUCCUUCUCACCCGACGAGCAUCUCCUCGCCUCCUCCUCUGCCGAUUGCUCCGUCAAGAUAUGGCGCCUGGCACCCGAUAGUCAGCUGGAGACGUCGCCCAAUACGUCUCUCUACGGCCACGAGGCUGGCGUGUCGGCCGCCUGCUGGUCGCCGGACUCGCAGCACCUGGCGUCGGCUUCCGACGACCGCACGGCUCGGCUCUGGGACGUGGAGACGGCCAAGACGCUGGCCACGCUGGGCGCCACGCAUCGCAGCCUGGACGCGGCGCUCACGACGCCUCUGUCACUACUGGAGGGCUCCUCGGCGGCGCUGGGGCUGGACGAGGAGGGGCAGAACGGAGCCGUGGUGACCGCAGACCCGCCCGUCGAGACGCACACGGGCUUCGUGAGCUGCGUGGCCUUCAACCCGCAGGGCUCGUUAGUGGCCACGGGCUCGCACGACGAGAACGUGCGACUCUGGGACGUACGCAGCGGCAGGAGCGUUGCAAUCAUUGGCGCCCACCAGGAGCCGGUGGUAAGUGUGGAGUUUCACCCGACGGACGGGUCGCUGCUGCUCACAGGAGGCUACGACGGCCUGGUGCGUGUCUGGGAUGUGGCCUCGCGACAGUGUCUCCGCACUGUCAUCACGGAGCCGGCCGCGCCAGUGGGUAGCGCGAGGUUUACCCCGAACGGCAGAUACGUGCUCAGCUCGACGCUCGACGGAACUGUGAGGCUGUGGGACUACAUGCGCGAUAUCUGCGUGCGCUCGUACAGCGGGCACGUGAACCGCAAGUUCAGCAUGCAGUGCGCGUUCUUGGAGCAGCACUGGAACAAGCAGCCGGUCGUCGCCUGUGGGUCGGAGGACAGCCGGAUCUUCAUGUGGGAUGUUGGCACGCAGGAAGUGGCGUCCGUGCUGACGGGCCAUGAUCACCCCGUGCUCGCUCUGGCAGCUCACCCGACGUGCGCGCUGAUGGUGUCGGGAUCAAACCGCGACAUUAAGAUGUGGACCCCGGCCGGUGAUGCGGAGAGUAAUGACAAGAAGUCUGAACGCAACGGCACGAGUCAGCAGGCUGAGUGA